AUGGUGGGGCUGCCUGCGAGGGGUAAGUCUUUCAUCUCGCAAAAGAUAGUGCGUUAUCUUUCAUGGUUAUCCAUUAAGUCCAAGUGUUUCAAUGUCGGAAGCUACCGGCGGCAAGGAGCUCCGAGACCUAGCGCUGGGUUUUUCGAUGCAAGUAACAAAGAAGCGUACAGAAUCAGGGAACAAGCUGUCGCGCAAGCUGUUGAAGACAUGAUGAACUGGUUCUCUGACGAAGAGGGUGUUGUUGCAAUUUUGGAUGCUACAAACUCUACCAAGGAGAGGAGGAAGUGGAUUUUGAGGCUUUGUAGAGAGAACUCGAUCGAACCCAUGUUUUUAGAGAGCUGGUGUGAUGACAAGGAUCUAGUUUUGAGGAAUAUUGCCGAUGUGAAAACCUCGUCGCCGGAUUACAAAGGCAUCGAUCCUGAUGUGGCAACCGCAGAUUUCUUGGAAAGAAUUGCAAAUUACGAGCAGGUUUAUCAGCCACUGGAUACAACAGACGACCGUGAUCUCACAUUUGUGAGGAUGAUAAAUAUUGCCCAGCAAGUCAUUAUCAAUAAGGUUGAGACGUAUCUCGAAAGUAGAAUUGUGUUCUACGUUAUGAAUCUGCACAUAAAGCCCCGUUAUAUCUGGCUCUCAAGACAUGGUGAAUCCAUCUACAACAUUGAGAAGAAAAUCGGUGGAGACUCAUCUCUUUCGGAACGUGGUCUGAAGUACGCCAAAAAGCUGCCUGAGCUGGUUCGCGAAUCGGCCGGCGACAGAGACUUGACAGUGUGGACAUCGACACUAAUCAGAACUCAGGAAACAGCACAGCACUUGCCAUACAAACAAUUGCAAUGGAAGGCUCUUGAUGAGCUGGACGCGGGAGAAUGCGACGGAAUGACAUACGAAGAAAUUGAGGAGAAAUUUCCUGAGGACUUUAAGGCCCGCGAUGAAGACAAGUAUGAAUACAGGUACCGAGGGGGCGAAUCUUAUCGCGAUGUUGUCAUACGGUUAGAACCAAUCAUCAUGGAGCUUGAACGACAAGAGAAUAUUCUCAUCAUUACCCACCAGGCCGUUCUGAGGUGCAUCUACGCAUACUUCAUGAACGUUCCUCAAGAAGAAUCACCUUGGAUGUCGAUUCCGCUCCAUACUCUGAUAAGGCUUGAGCCUAGAGCAUAUGCAACCCAUGUUACCAAAAUAAAGGCUGAUAUUCCUGCGGUAAGCACGUAUAAAGGCAAAGGAACAAGCCGAGUGGGUGAGAGUGAGUCAGACAACGACAAGUCACUACACGUUCUCAGUAGUCUAAAUAGUAAGUAA